AUGUCUCUGGAUGAUGAGGAAUCAGAGGAGGACGAUGAGGACUCUGAGGAGGACGACUACGCACCGACCAAGAAGGCUAAGAAAUCGUCUUCUUCCAGACGCAAGGGUGGACGAAACAAGUCGUCUGCCCGAGAGCCGUCCCCCGACUACCAGAACCUGCGGUUCUCGUCUCGUAACGCCAAGGUGGUCAACUACAAUAUUGACCAUGACGAUGACGAAUUUCUGGAGGACGAGGAUGAGGACGCUCUGCAGGACGCAUACGGUGAUGCCGCUGCUAAUGACACAUACGACUACGCCACCACCACGUCCACCGAGGCGGUGGAUAUGGUGCUGGACCAUCGUCGAAAAGAAGGCGACGACGACUCGCAGAUUACAGAUCUGUUUGACGCCAAGCGACACCUCGAGUUCUACAUCAAGUGGCAGAACUACUCGCAUCUGCACAACACGUGGGAGACGUACGAUUCGCUGGCCGGCUUCAAGGGAAUCAAGCGAGUCGAUAAUUACAUCAAGCUCAACGUGCUGGAGUAUGCAGAGCUGCAGCGAGAUGCAUCCCCCGAGGAUAUCGAGGCCAUGGAGCUGCGACGCGAGCGCGAACAGGAGGAGUACGCUGAGUAUAAACUUGUUGAGCGAAUCAUUGCAUCAGAUCGUGUCGCUGUCGACAAUGGAGCCACUCAGUUGCAGUAUCUCGUAAAGUGGAAGCGACUCAACUACUCGGACGCCACCUGGGAAGAUGCCGAGGAGAUCGCCAAGAUUGCCGAGGACGAAGUCGAGCGGUUCCAGGACCGGCUCAACUCGAAAAUCAAUCCCAGCCAGAGCGCAGUCUACCCUGCCAACUCACGUCCUCCGUUUGAGAAGCUUACCGAGCAGCCUGGCUUCAUCAAGGGUGGUGAACUUCGAGACUUCCAGCUGACCGGAAUCAACUGGAUGGCCUUCUUGUGGUCUCGAAACGAAAACGGUAUUCUUGCCGACGAAAUGGGACUCGGUAAAACCGUCCAAACCGUUGCAUUUCUCUCAUGGCUUGUGUACGCUCGAAAGCAGCACGGGCCCCACCUGGUGGUAGUUCCUCUGUCUACUGUGCCUGCCUGGCAGGAGACCUUUGAGUUCUGGGCGCCUGGUAUCAACUACCUCGCAUAUCUCGGCAACACCGAGUCUCGAAAAGCACUUCGUGACCACGAAUUCUACAACAAAACUGGUAACAAGAAACCCAAGUUCAAUGUUCUUCUGACCACCUACGAGUACAUUCUUAAGGACCGAGCCGAGCUGGGGUCCAUCAAGUGGCAGUACCUGGCUGUUGACGAGGCCCACCGUCUCAAGAACGCCGAGUCAGCUCUCUACGAGUCUCUCAAGGAGUUCCGAGUCGCAAAUAGACUGCUCAUCACCGGUACUCCGCUGCAGAACAACAUCAAGGAGCUGGCUGCUCUGGUUGACUUCCUGAUGCCUGGCAAGCUCACCAUCGAUCUGGAAAUUAAUUUUGAGAACCCUGACGAAGAGCAGGAGGGUUACAUUCGUGAGCUUCAUAAGCGCCUGCAGCCUUUCAUCUUGCGUCGACUCAAGAAGGAUGUCGAGAAAUCACUGCCCUCUAAGACAGAGCGAAUUCUGCGAGUCGAAAUGUCCGACAUGCAGCAGGAUUACUACAAGAACAUCAUUUCCAAAAACUACACGGCUCUGAACGCCGGAGCCACCGGAGGUCACCAGAUGUCACUUCUCAACAUCAUGACGGAGCUCAAGAAGGCCUCCAACCAUCCGUACCUGUUCCCCACUGCCGAGAGCAAGUUCCUCAGCUUGGCUGAGAACGGCGCUUCUCGAGAAAACGUCUUCCGAGGCAUGAUUAUGACCUCUGGUAAGAUGGUUCUUCUCGAUAAGCUGCUCACUCAGCUGAAAAAGGACGGUCAUCGAGUUCUGAUUUUCUCCCAGAUGGUUCGAAUGCUCGACAUUUUAGGCGAUUAUUUGCAGAUUAAGGGCUACCAAUUCCAGCGUCUGGAUGGUACUGUCCCCUCUGCCACCCGUCGAAUUGCAAUUGACCAUUACAAUGCCCCUGACAGUAACGACUUCGUCUUCUUGCUGUCCACUCGAGCUGGAGGUUUGGGUAUCAACCUGAUGACGGCCGAUACAGUCAUCAUUUUUGAUUCGGAUUGGAACCCCCAGGCUGAUCUGCAGGCCAUGGCUCGAGCCCAUCGAAUCGGUCAGAAGAACCACGUGAUGGUCUAUCGAUUUGUGUCCAAGGACACUGUUGAAGAGCAGGUUCUCGAGCGUGCCAGAAAGAAGAUGAUUUUGGAGUACGCCAUCAUCUCCCUUGGUAUCACCGACAAGGGUUCUUCCAACAACAAAAAGACUGAGCCGUCGACCUCGGAGCUGUCUGAGAUCCUAAAGUUUGGCGCCGGAAAUAUGUUCAAGGCCAACGAUAACCAGGACAAGCUGGAGAACAUGAACCUAGACGAUGUUCUGAACCACGCAGAGGACCAUAUCACCACUCCUGAUCUCGGCGAGAGUCAUCUUGGCGGCGAGGAGUUCCUUAAGCAGUUUGAGGUCACUGACUACAAGGCCGAUGUUGAUUGGGACGACAUUAUCCCUGCCAACGAGCUCGCCAAGAUCAAGGCUGACGAUCUGCGUCGAAAGGACGAGGAGUACGUCAAGGAACAGAUGGAUCUAAUGAAUCGACGUCGAGCUGCCUCUCAGCGUGCCUCCACUGCUGCUCUUGAGUCCUCUGACGAAAAUGAGGAGAGUGGAGGGCGGCGUGUGGUCAAGCGCAAGAAGGAGGACAAGUUCCUCAACGAGCGGGAGAUCAGAGGUUUGUACCGAACAAUUCUACGUUACGGCGACGUCUCCGUCAUGUGGGAUAAGCUUUUCAACGACGGUACUUUGCCCCAGCGAAAGUCCGAUCUCAUCAAGGAAGCCUACUUUGACCUCAUUGACCAGAGUAAGCGGGAGGUUGAGGAGCGAGAAAAGCAGAUCAAGGAAGAGGCUGAAGCUGCUGCCGCUGCUGCGGCAAAGGCUGCUGCUUCUCGAGGCGGUGGAGAUACUGCCCUGGACGAGAAGAAGCCCUCCAACACCAAAAAGGCCGUUCUUUUCACCUUCCAGGGCGUCAAGAACAUCAACGCCGAACUGCUCAUCUCACGACCAGCCGACAUGAAGCUCAUUCGAAGCCAGGUGACGGACACUUUCAAGUUCGACGAACCUCUCAAGAGUGUGCAUGGCUGGAACUGUGAGUGGGACGAGGACUGUGACGCUCGUCUGCUCAUUGGUACCAAGAAGUACGGUUAUGGAGCCUGGACCUUCAUUCGAGACGAUCCACGUCUCAAAUUUGGAGACAAGUUCUACCUUGAGGAGCACCGAGUUGACAAGAAGGAGGCUCGAGAGAAGACUGGAGCCAAGGUUCCUGGUGCCGUUCACCUCGGUCGUCGAGUUGACUACCUCAUCUCUGUUCUCAAGGGCGAGGCUGUUCACACCAACAACGAUGGCAACAAGAAGCGAAUUGCCAUCAAGGAGCGUGUUCGAAAGAGCGAAUCUCCCGCAGUGUCCACUCCUCAACCUCCCAAGAAGGCUGCUAUCAAGCGAGAUCCUUCCAUCAAGCGAGAUCCUUCCAUCAAGCGAGAGACUCCCAAGCGAGAGACUCCUGUCCCCAAGAAGAUUCCUGGACCUCCCACGGCUGACGACUACUCAGACUAUGAGUCAAUGGACGAUGAGGCGUGUCGAACGACUCUCAAACCUGUCAAGGCGUCUCUGAAGCGCCUCAAGAAGGGCGAGGAUGGUUUGGACAAGAAGGCCUGGCUGGAGGUCCUCAAGAAGGAGCUGUCCACGGUGGGCCACCACAUCGACUCCGAAGCCCAGAAGGUCUCUGAUAAGAAGCGGGAGAAGACUCUCAAGCAUCUGUGGGCGUUUGCAUCCUUCUUCUGGCCCAGCAGAGUCAAGAGUAACCGUAUCCGGGCAAUGUACGAGAAGGUCAGCGGAGCCGCCAAAAAGUAG